AAUUUUCUGGGCCAUGUCCGACAGGUGUGGUGAGAUAUAAAAUACUGGCACGUCUUCCUGAUCAGUUUAAUUUGCUUUUGUGGUGUCUCAAGGGACCAACAUGGAGCAAGAACAGCCUGUUGAAGGAGAAUGUUCCACACCACCGUCUCACCCUGAAUCAUCAGAAAUGGAACCAAAGGUGUUUAAUGACCCUAUCCAUGGUCAUAUGGAGUUCCACCCUUUUCUGGUCAAAAUCAUAGACACACCUCAGUUUCAGAGACUUCGAUACCUCAAACAGCUGGGCGCAGCCUAUUUUGUUUACCCAGGAGCAUCCCACAACCGAUUCGAACACUCCCUCGGAGUGGCCCAUUUAGCAGGGCAGCUUGUGCGAAGUUUAAAAGAGAAACAGCCACACCUUCUCAUUGAUGAGAGAGACAUACUUUGUGUGGAAAUAGCUGGUCUCUGCCAUGAUCUAGGACAUGGACCAUUUUCCCACUUGUUUGAUGGGCUGUUCAUGCCUGAAGCUAAACCCGAAGAGAACUGGAAACAUGAGGACAUGACAGUUAAGAUGUUUGAUUACAUUGUGGAAGAGCUAAAAAAACAACAGUUUGACCUGAAGGAAAAGUUGCAGAGUCUGAGUAGAAACACUGAGGGUGAUGACCUAGUCUUUAUCAAAGAGAUGAUUAAUGGACCAAAAGAAAAGGGAAAAUACCUUGGCCGUCCAUCAAAGCUUUUCCUCUACGAAAUAGUCGCAAACAAAACCAACGGGAUCGAUGUGGACAAGUUUGACUAUUUUGCCAGAGAUUGCCAUCACCUUGGAAUAAAGAAUAGCUUUGACCACAACCGCUACAUAAAGUUUGCCCGGGUCCUUAAGGUGAAGAAGAAAAUGCAGAUCUGCACAAGAGACAAGGAGAUGUCCAAUAUUUAUGAAAUGUUCCAUACAAGGAGUUCUCUCCACAGAAAGGCCUACCAGCACAAAACCAAUAAGGCCAUUGAGCUGAUGAUUAGAGAUGCCCUAUUGAAAGCAGAUCUAGAGUUAAACAUUUCCACAGCUGCAGGGAACGUAAAGGAUUUCACCGAUCUCACAGAUGGUGUCUUUGAAACAAUACUUCAUUCCAAAAAUUGGAAACUGACAGGGGCAGGAUUAAUAGAGGCAGGAUUAAUUCUACAAAACAUUCUCUCUCGAAAAUUGUACAUAUUUCUAGGAGAGACCAAACAGACAGACAGACUUGUCCAAGAGAACAAAGAAACAUGGAAAUCUGAAUUGGCACAGUUUGAUGAGAGCCUUCAGGAAGAGGACUUUGAAAUCACUAUCGCCACCUUUGACUUUGGUAGCAAAGACAAAAACCCCAUGGAUAACUUGUAUUACUAUAAAAAGUCUGACAAAGAGAGAGCAAUCAAAAUCCCCAGGGAGAAGGUUUCUCAGUUUCUUCUGCCAGAACGUUUUUCUGAGAAAUGGAUCCGUGUCUACUGCAAGAGCCAGGACAAAAAGAGUAUCGCUCUAGAAGCUUUUAAGAAGUGGGACACAGAGAAAUCAAGCGGUCCGGUCUGAGGUGUUCUUUGGUCUGACUCAGCAGAGUCUCUCAUAUCAUUGAUAAAGAAAUAAAGCCAAGUUAUUCUGAAAUAGUUUAGCUGUUUAGUGGUUAGGCUGUGUGUGUGGUGGGUAUUUAUCACAUUGUUGGAAGUAAAAUAAUUUAAAGCUUAGAUAUGGAUUGAAAUAGGUUAAUGUUAGGGUUAAGGUUGACAUGUAGUGACUAUAAUAAAGGUUAGGAUCAAUCUCCAGUAAAUAAUUGCCACACACUACAGGAUCAUUUGUGCAUUUAUGUCCUGAUGUGCUUCUCCCCAAUUUAAAGAAUUAUAUAUAUAUAUAUAUAUAUAUAGAUAUGUAGAAAAAUUCUCCAGUAGAUUCUUGCAUGGGUCUGCUUACAUAAAUUCACACUAUGAGGAUUGGUGAAGCUGCUACAGAGUAGCGAUAGUAAAAGUAACACUACUUCCUGUGUUUCUAUUGCAAGCCAUCUUUUGGUGCAAAACAUUUUCUGAUCCACGUUUUACUUAAUAUUAAUAACACAGUUUUGACUUGCAGUAAACGAGGAGAGUCUGUCAAAAUGAGUUGCUUUAUGACAGACAGGAAACAGCGGACCCAAGUGCACUAACUUUGUUAGCUCACAACUUUUAGCGUUUGGUGUGCAGUCUCUUCGCUGCGGUCUUUGCGUUCGGAGGAUCAUAAUUUAUGAUUUUAAGUCUCAUCUGAUUCUCCUCAUGCCUGUGUCCUGGCUUUUUUGUCACACAUUCAAAAAUCCUGAAGUGUGUGGCGGGUUUAUUGUCAUGGAGAUACUCAACAUGUACACAUUUUUAUGCAUUGUUUUUGUCGUUUUUCAUGUUCUUUGGUCUUUAGUAGUUCACUAACUCAUUUGUGAAGGAAAUUAACAGGGUUUUGUGGUGGCCUGUUCCCUCAUAAUCAAGCAGAAACAAAGUGGAACAGAUAUGUAAUAAAGUUUGCAAUUAGCUCAUUAGGAGGAUCAAGUUAAAAAGGUGGGAGAGGAUAAGAGGUAAAGGAAUAUUCCCUUUUGUGCCCACACAAAUUCAGAUGUAACACCAAAAUAAAGAACUAGAGCCU